AGGGGGAAGUUUUAUAUAUAUAUUUAUAUUUAAAGUGGAGACUACACAAUCUCUGAGGAAUUACUGCAGAGCUCCAGGGGGGCCGAAGGAACAAGGGCUCCUUAGGAUGGCACGCCUAAGCUCCAGUUCUCUUUGAUGGUUCCCCGUGUCUUAGGCAUCUUCGUGUCCUGUCUCCAGGUGGCCUCCGUGAAGGCUGCUCCGUUUUAAUUCGCCGCACUCUGUCACCAAUGGCUUUGGAUUCAGCUGUCUUCACCUAGAGCUGGACAUCGCGGGGCGUGGAAGUGAAGCCAGGCCCCAGGUCCUAACACACACACGGGGAGGAACCGCUGUCCAGAUUUAUAACGUGGGCUGGCAAUUCUCUCUAAAUGUUUAAUCUUGAAAUCAUUUGUUACAUCACCCCUGAAAACAGCUGCUGCCAGUCAAGAGGUGCGCUAACUAAAUCAUCUCUGGAAGGCCACUGCAGGCCCCGCCACACCCGAAGUUCCGUAACCCCCUUGGUCCCACCAGUUUAUAGUGGAGCGGGAUCUGUGAAAACCGGAUUCCAGACACUAGCCCAACAGCCUUGUUCCCGAACAUCCCUGGCCUAAGGAGCUAUCAAGGUUAGAAAGAUCUGAUCAAGGUGCGAGGAGAGCCAUCCAGAGGCUUUUUCCUCCGAGACGCCUUCCUCAGCGGGGCCUGGGCCCCUUCAGCGUCUUCAAAGGGAAGGCGGAGGUGUCCUUCAACCGCCUUGGAGGCUGCCCUACUGGGGAAUCCUGACCCUGUCCUCCCUGUGAUUUCGUCGAGUGCCGUGGGACAAGACGGCCUCCACAAGAAACCCUCCCGGGCGGGCCUUCCCACCUACCUCUUGCAGCCCGACCAUCUUGGCUCAGCCCUCAAGUCCCUCGAGACGUAGCCUCCCGCCCAAAGCGCUCCUCCCCCUGUGAUUGGCCGCCUGAGGAGCCUUCGGCCAAUGGGGAUGACGUAUUCAGGCAGACGUCAGCCCGCGGGCUGGGGGAGGAGGAAGGACGUCGGGCCCCGCGACGCGCCGUGCGCGAGGGCCACAGCGCGAGGUGUGUGGCGCUGGCCGCGUGACCUCAGGCCCUGGCUGUCACCACCUGCCGGUGCAUGAGGGUGCCGGUCCCGCAGCGGUACGAGGGCACCAGGGAGUGGCUGCAAAGCUCGUGUGGCCGGAGGUGGUGGUGAGGGCGAGCCCUGAAUUCGGGCCUCCGGGAGCCUCACGCUCCAUUCCCAGAAACCUUUGCGCCUAGAGGUCUGUCUUCAAAGGAGUUGGGCCGGGGCGCCCAGAGCGUGAGGGGCGCCCAGCCUUGCAGGGCCUGCUGUGAAGCCCUGCUUUUCCCGCCAACCCCGAUUCCUUGCUUCUGGACGCGGAGUGUAACCCUCAGGCUGUGGGCCCACCUGUGCCGCUCUGCUACCCCUCCCCCACGCAAGGCUCGACUUUGGGAGGAAGCAAGGCAGGCUGGACAGAGGACCCGAGCACCAAGAGGACGCCAAGAGCAACUUCUGCAGAGCUAUUCCAGUUUGACGGGAACCGUUCAGAGCCGUCGGUGCCACCUGACAGAAAACUGCAUGCCAGGAAAGGAACGCCAGCUGUGCAGAAUCUGAUCUUUGAAAACGUAGGUUAAGAGACCAACAUGUGCUCUCCUGCCAGUUCCAAAAUCCUAUAUAGGAAUCCCCGGUUUCUGCGGUUGGCUUUUGUGCAGCUUCAUCACCAGCAACAGAGUGGUGUGUUCUGUGAUGUCCUUCUGCAGGCAGAAGGUGAGGCAGUUCCAGCCCAUUGCUGCAUCCUGUCAGCCUGCAGCCCCUUCUUCACAGAGCGCCUGCAGCGGGAGAGGCCAGCUCAGGGUCGGAAGGUGGUCCUGGAGUUGGGGGGCUUGAAGAUCAGGACACUCAGGAAGCUGGUGGACUUCUUGUAUACCUCAGAGAUGGAAGUAUCUCGAGAAGAAGCCCAGGAUGUGCUUUCUGCUGCCCGUCAGCUCCGUGUCUCUGAGCUAGAAUCCCUUCAGCUAGAGGGUGGCAAGUUGGUGAAGGCCCCCCCGGGCCGAAGACUGAACCGGGAGUGCUUACAACCUCCAAGUCCUGCACCAAUCUCUGCCAGGGUGGUGGCAUCCACCCGCCGCCCUCGGACUCCACUGCCUGUGACCCAGACUCCUUGUCCUCUUGGACUAGUGAGACUGAAGUCCUUGGGAAAGGAGGAGGGACCCCUGGAGAAAAGCAACCAACAGAACACAGAGAACUCAUCUGGCAAUCUUCUGCUCAAGAGGAAGGCCAGAGCUUGCCCAACUCCACAAGAAAAAAGCUCUUCACCAUCAAGCCACAGUCAGGGACCUAAAGAGAACAAGAGCGACUCUGCCCUUGCUCCUACAGCAGUUUCCCCGCCUGGUAUGUACCCCUCUGUGGAUGAGCGACUAUUGCCCAGAAAGAUCAGAUUGAGUCGCUCAAAACCAUCUCCUGAUGUCUGUACACCCAAGCCUUCCAGCACUGUGAGUGGACCCAGCUCAGUACCGACAGCCCCUGGCCGGCGUCUCUGGCGGCAGAAGAGUAUAAAUAAAGGACCAGAAGACAAGGAGAAGCCAGGGAGAGCCAGUCCUCUCCAAAGCAUCCCAAGCCCAUCUGGUCUUGGAAACACAGGUGGGAACAAGAAGCGGAGCCCUGAAGUCAGGGCACAAAACUCAGACUCUGCAGAGGAGGGGCAGGUUGGAAGGGUGAAACUUCGGAAGAUUGUCAACGGGACGUGCUGGGAAGUGGUACAAGAGCCUCCCCUCAAAAACUCUCAAGAGAGCCCUCAGAUCCCAGAACCUGAAUGCUCGGAAGAGCCUUCAGGGACGCAGCCAUCCUCCAUGAACCAGCAGGAAACGUUAUCUGCCAGAGUAGAUCGGUGUCAGGACUCCCCCGUGUGCUCCAGGCUACAAGAUCUCCUGCUCUCUGCUAGCCACUCCCCAGACCACCCAGUGGCAAAGUCUGAGUUUGGGUCCAGUCCAGAGCCGGUAGGGAAGGAGCCCGGGUUGGAUAUGGACUGCGGAGAGCACUACGCGUUUGACGCAGCCCUGCUGGGGCAGCCGUGCGAGGCUGAGGAGUACCGCAUCACCAGUGCCGCUGCCACCAGUGAGCUGGAGGAGAUCCUGGACUUCAUGCUCUGUGGCUCAGACAUUGAGCCCCGCACAGGGUCUCUGGAGAGUCCUGGAGCCGAGGGCUGCAGGACCCCUAAUUAUCACCUGGCAGAUACAGGAAAGAACUGGAUCGAAGGGGAGGAAUGGUGUCUGCCAGACGUGGAACUCUGGCCCAGGGAGCUCACAGGAUUGGAAAAGGAACCUGUUGGGGAGAACAAAGAGCCAACAGAGCCCUUUAGCCCCCUUGUCGUGCCCUCUGAGAACAAAGAGCCAGAUGAGUCCCUCAGCCCCCUUGUCAUGCCCUCUGAGGUGAGUGAAGAGGGGGUACUUUCAGUAGGAAGCCCUUGGACUCCGGAUCUGGAAAUUACCAGUUCCCAGCCACUGGAUGGUCAGAGAGAGAAGCUUCUCCACAUUGACUCUCUCGACGUUCCUCAAAGGUCCUAUGAGGAUCUCUCACCCCCCUGUUCAAACUGGAUGGAAGCUAGGCCAGAAGUGUCCCUAAGUAUGGAUGAGGUAUUAUACCCUGCUCCAGAGGCAGGCAAGGAGGAACUUGGCAACUCCGGAUUGUUGGACCCACUUCCUGCCAGCUCGGAAGAGGAAGAGAUUGAUGUUGUGGACUGGACGUCAGAGGGGAGGCUGGUGCCCACGGGUAUUCCUUCUGUGUGGCCCGACCCUUCCUCAGAGUCAGACACAGAGGUAGACAUACUAACAUAGAACAGGUAGUGCAGGUUAGCGGCAGGGGGAGGGUGGGAAAUGUUGACUAGCAAAAGGUGUAUUGGUAGAGGCUAGCACGUGCCCUGUCCCCUUAGCAGGAGAGGCGGGUGUACUCCCAGCUCUUGGUCAGUCCCUUCCUCUCCUCCCCAGGCUUCGGGAGCCAAGCAGAAGUAGUACCAUGGGUACAGAAUUAUGAACCUGAACCAUCUUAUUUCUUUGUAAUCUAUUUUCCAGUUAGUGAUAAGUCAAACUAUAAACUGUGUGGUCCCCAAAUCUACUAGGUCAUAAAUAACCAACGCCAGGUAUCCUAAGUCAUAAGACCUCUAGUCACUGCUAAUUUAAUAAUAAAUGAGAAAAAACACCCUCUGAAACAAAGCGUUUCAGAAGGUUCGAAACAGUGCUGAGGUGGGACAACUGGGUAAGAGUGACAGAACAUUUUCCAGUACCUACUGUGGGUCUUAUUCAAUCCAUUAUUGAAGUUCCAGUCAAACCUCUGCAGGGGCCAAAAAGAUAGAACUCCCAUCAUCACUUCGAAGAAGUGAGUUAAAAAGAAAUACAUGCUUUUAAAAAAAAUAAAUUUACUUUUUUCCCA